UUCGUUUCAACAAACUUCCUGGUUUUUCCCGUAAAUAGUAUCGCUUGUUCAAAACACUAUCCCCAUUCGCCAGGGUCAGCACUUCGAGACCUUGACCUUUGAAUUCUGGAUCGGAUGGGGAGGUGGGCACUCAGCCUCAGGGACUCUUGGGUGCCCCCUAAAAACCAGAAAGCAAGGGUGGGAAGAAUUGGGUUUUGAAGGCCGAGAAGGGGCGGGCAGGAAGCAAUUGCCAGGAAGCGGUUGGGCAAUCCUGCCCCUGCCCUUCGCUGCCCGGCCGGGCUGUGUCCCUAUGAGGAACAAGAACAGGGUGGUGCGGGGACUUCCUCUUGUCUGAACCCUGCCCCCAAGCCAAGCAGGUAUAAGACCACCAGCCCCAGGCCCAGGAAUCCCAGAGGAAGAAGAGAAGAGCCACCAUGUCCCCUCGGAGCAGAGAGCAACAGCAGAGAACAGGGGGCUGCAAGCCCUGCCUUUCGAGAACCCUGUUCCUGCUAGUGCUGUCUGUGGCCUCAGCCCAGGGGGACAUCCCAAGCCCCAGAGAGUGCCUGACGUACCAGUCGGACAGCGGCAGCUCUGUCUCCUGCUACUCACCCUCCACGUUCCCCAGCCCCCUCCCCGGGGACACCACACACCUGUCUGUGGAGUUCUCCAGCCUGACCCAGCUGCCAGCUGAUGCCCUGCGGGGUGCCCCCGGCCUCCAAGAGCUGCAUCUUUCCAGCAACCAUCUGGAGGAGCUGCCGGCCAAGCUCCUGGUGCCCGUGCCUGGCCUGAAGGUGCUGGAUCUCACGAGAAAUGCCCUGACUCAGCUGCCCCCUGGCCUCUUCCAGGCCUCAGCCGCCCUGCACACGCUGGUGUUGAAGAACAACCGGCUGCAGGUCCUGCAGGCCUCGUGGCUGCGCGGCCUGAAGGCGCUGGGCUUCUUGGACCUGUCUGGGAACCGCCUCCGAGCACUGACCCCUGGGCUGCUGGCCAACUUCAGCUUCCUGCGCACCCUGGACCUCGGGGACAACCAGCUGGAAGACUUGCCAGCUGACCUCCUGCAGGGCCCGCUGGACCUGGAACGGCUGGAUCUACAGGGCAACCGAUUGCAGGUGCUUGGUGAGGACCUGCUCUCGCCCCAGCCCGGCCUGCGCUACCUUUUUCUCAGUGACAACAGGCUGGCCUUGGUGGCGGCUGGCGCCUUCCGAGGCCUGAGGCAGCUGGACAUGUUGGACCUCUCCAAUAACUUCCUGAGCACUGUGCCCAAAGGGCUCUGGGCAUCCCUGGGAAAGCCCGCCCGGAACAUGCAGGAAGGCUUUGACCUAUCCGGCAACCCCUGGGUCUGUGACCGGAACCUGGAUGACCUCUUUCGCUGGCUGGUGGCCAACAGGCACAGGAUGUUCUCCCAGAAUGGCACCUGCUGCGCCGGCCCGGAAGCCUUGAGGGGCCAGGCACUCCUGGCAGUGGCAGGGUCCCGCUGAGGUGUGGGGCUCUUGGCACCCCACUUUGUAGAUGCUCCCGCCUUCUGUGGCUGAGAUCCAAGGCUUGCUGGUGCUGCUAGGACCCAUUUGGGCCACGCUCCCCCAAAUCUAUGGUGUGCUUUCCAGUUUUCCUGCCUUUGCUCACCCUGUGCCCUCGAGCUGUGACGCUGUCCUCGGUUGCCAGCAUCGCUUGGUCUCUGGGCUCCCACAGACUCGAUGUCCCUCUCCCUGGCCGAGUGCCGACCUCACCAGAGUUGUCUCCGACUGCCUCAUCUUCCCCAGUUUAGGGGGCUCUUGAGUCCUGAGCCUGGGGCCCAGCUCCCUUGAGCCAGAAUCACCCCAGCGUGUUAAUAAAUAACUGUUGAACGGAAUGGGAUAAAUCACAGUUGGGGGCUUCUUUCUUUCUUUUUUUUUUUGGUACCAGGGAUUGUACUCGGGACCUUGGACUUGUGUGUCAGGCGCUGGAACCACUGAGCUAAAUCCCUGGCCCCUAUUCAGGGUUUCUUGCCUUUCCCCAAUAGAUGUCCUUGGUCCCCAGGAUGUUAAUGUCUUUUUGGGGGGUUUUUUGGUAUCAGGGAUUGAACUCAGGUCCUUGCGCUUGCGCAGCAGGUGGCGAAACCACUGAGCUAAAUCCCGGCCCAAACCCCAGGAUGAAAGAGAAAAACUGAGAGGCGGGACUCAGAGCCUGGGGGUCACUCAUGGACGGCACUUGAGAUCAGAUGGCCACUGGCUUCUCUCCCUCCCCCAUCCCAGGACUUCGUUGGAAAUAAAACCCUGACCAUUUGCC